AUGGCAUCUAAUGUUACAGUGCAAUCAGUGUUGGAGAAGAUUAGUGUGGAUCAUCUGCAAUGCUCCAUCUGCACCAACCGUUUCAGGCAGCCCAAACUGCUGGACUGUUUGCAUAGUUUUUGCCUCCAAUGCCUCCAAGAGCUCAGACAGCGCCAAGAUCCUAGUGGUACAAAGCUGACAUGUCCUCUGUGCAGAUGUGAAACCAUGUUGAAAGGGUCUGGGGUUGCUGAUCUCCCGAAUAACUUUGCCUUCAGUGCCAUGGUGGAGGAAGUUACAAUGCAGGAAAAGCUACUGGAAGGUCAAGGGUCAGAGAUCAAAUGUCAAGCCUGUGAUGAGGAGAAUCAGGCUAUUUCAAGAUGCAUGAACUGUGAUCAUUUCCUCUGCCAAGAAUGUCACAAGGCACAUGGACGAAUGAAUUUGAUGAUGAAAUCUCACAAAAUGUACACACUGGCUCAACUUCGAUCAGGAGAGAUUGUCUACAAGAGUAAACUAAGAGAACAAGUUCCCAAAUGUGGCAAGCAUCCAGAUCAGAAUCUCAAUGUCUACUGCAACACAUGUGAGCAAGUCAUAUGCACAACUUGCUCUGUACUUGAUCAUGCAAAACACACACUCACUGGAUUACCUGAGGCAGUAGAAAAAUGUAAGAAGAAGAUCACAGAAAUGGUCCAAAACAGUGAGAGAAGAAAAACAGAAUUGGGCACCACCAUAGAAGACACAUGCAAAUCUUGCAAAGAGCUGGAAACCAUGUUUGCCAAAACUCAAAAGAAAAUCUCCAAAAAGGCUCAACAGAAGAUUACAAAGCUCCAACAGGAGAUUACAAAGCUCAAACAGGAGGUUGCAAAGAUCCAAAAGGAGAUAACAAAGAUCCAAAAGGAAGAAAAGAAACUGUUAAAAGAGACAGACAUGAUUUAUAAAGACAAACUCAAAGCUUUUGAAGCUGUUCAAGCAACCAACAGGAAAGAGGUGACACAGACAGAGCACAAGCUAGAGGAGGUGAAACAACUCAUGAAUCAAGCAAGUUGCUACGAGAUUCUUGAACUUCAGCAGAAGCUCUUGCAUAACCUCAGUGAAUUGACAGGGAAGCAUCCACAGCAAGUUCCUGACAAGUUGACCUUCAUGGACUUUGAAGAAGGUGAGAGGUCACUUGGGAGACUCAUUCUGGAGGAAGAACCAAAGGCUGCAGCAAAGCAAUCACCAAGACCUGCAAGAUCAUGUGUGAAGGAGAAAUGGGAACUGAAGACUGAAAUCAAGAACUUUGAAUUAGGAAAUACAGUGAUACGACAUGUGUCAGUACUCUCUGACAAUAACAUAGUAUUAACCAAUUGGAAUAAUACACUAUUCACAGUAUCACUGACCAAUAGUCAACAUACACCAUCUCCUAUCCCACAAAGGCUACAAAUCAGUGGCCUCGCUCAUGUAAGGUGUAUUGCAGUGAGCAAGGACGACAAGCUCCUUGCUCUAGAUGGUCCAGUAGUCAAGGUCUUCAACAAGCAACAUCAGCUCCUCCAUCAGUUCACACCAGGUAGAGGGUCAGCCAGCCAACCAACAUGCCUUGCAGUGGAUGACAGCAAUCUGAUAGCAGUGGGUUAUGAAGGCAAGAAGGAGAUAUCUCUACACAACCCAGAUGGAUCCCUCAUCAGGAGACUGUCUGCUCCAAUGAUUAGAGGUUAUCUGACAAUGCACAACCACCGCCUUAUCAACACAAACUGGUUUAACAAAAGGUUGGUAUGUGUAGACUACUAUGGUGCCAGUGUAUUCUCAGUAGACAUGACCAGCAACAUACAGGAGGAUGGGUGCCCUAAUGGUGUGUGCUGUGACAGUGAUGGCAGCAUCUAUGUUGCUGUGUAUGGAUAUCCCACAGGUGAUAUUCUGCACUACAGUCCUGAUGGCAAGUACAUUGGAUGUGUUAUCAAAGGAUGUGGUUCUCCAUGUUGCAUCACAUUCACAUUGGAUGGUGAUCUGGUAGUGGCUGCAGAAAAGUCUGUACAGGUCUAUUACCGCGUGUGAGGACAGAAUAAUUACACCCAGGGAAAAUAGAAAAGUAAAGGAAAUUAAAUCAGCAACAAAGUAAUCAGUGAUAUUCAUGCAUGCUUUGUUGAAACUACAACUCUCACGGUAUCCAAAAUAUCCAAAACCUCUUUUCCUAACACAAGCAGAACUGAAAUUGGGAAAUAGGUAUUCCCCGCAUAAUUAUUUUCCCUGCAUAAUGUAUUUCUCCAGUUGCUGAUAACUGAAGGAGUCUAUAUGCAUAAUUACUUGUUUACUGCAGACUUUCUUUGCCAAUUACAUGUAAUAGCUGUAAUCAUAAGCAUAGACUUCCAUUGUUAGUUGCCAGUGCCAUCAAUAUCAGCACUCAUCUUGGAAGUCAGGUCAAAUCCCAUCAUGCAAUUGCACCUAAUCCACUCACAAUGUAUAACACUUGUAACCAACCAUCAUUGCCUACCAAAGUUUUCCCAUAAGAUAUAUUACAACAAAUGAUCUUAUAAGGAGAGGGAAAUAAGAGGUAGAAUAUACUCAAUUUUGAGAAUCAAACAGUGAUAGCCAUCACAAAAAUAGAAAGGAUGUACAUUAUGUACAAAGCUUGGUAAUUGUCACAUUUAGUUGAUUUUAUUACUGCCCUUUUAAUUUUAAAAAUCACUCAAAUUGCAGAUUCAUUGGAAAUAAUUGGAUAACUGAUUAUCACUGGUCCAUCAAUCUUGGAUAACUUAGGCUUUGUAAACAAUGUGUCAAUUCAAAAAUUUUUUUUUACUUUCCCUCUAAAGACAGCUCCAGCUUUCUUUAAGGGAAAGAAAAAAGUCAAGCUGUUGUUGAUUUGGAUGCAGUAACACUGUGUACCAAUUAGUCUGAACAUAUUGUCACCAUUUUGUCAAUGUGAUGAAUCCACUGAAACCCAGAUUUUAAGGAAUUUCAGAUGUUUUGAUAUUCUAACAUUUUAUGAUACAACUCUACAUAAUUCCAACAUUUUGAGACACACAAUUGUAUUGUUCAUAAUAUUAAAGGCUAAUACACCACGAGGUGAAUGUGUGA